UAGACUGCAAUCGAAUUUACCGGCCUUAUCUAAACCAGCUCUAACCGUCAAUUUGCGCGAACGCGGAAACAUCCGGGAGGUGCAUUUGACCUCUUUGUCCUCUACGCGAUUCAUAAAACGCCGGUCUUCGACAGAAGAGACGUUCCAGACGUAGAAAAGAGUGUUUUACUGAAAAAAACCGUUCGAUUAUUUUGAUUAAAAGAUGGCGGACUCCAAAGUGUUGCCUUCCCAAAUGCAAGCUGCCGACGCUACCUCUCAUCUGGACCAUACUUGCGCCCUUAACAUCACCUCCAAAGCCUCCUAUGUGCGUCUCUCCGGAAUUAUCUGUACCAUUGGGCCUGCCUCCCGAAACCCGGAGACUCUGGUGCAAAUGAUGGAAACUGGCAUGAACAUUGCUCGUUUGAACUUCUCCCACGGUACACACGAAUAUCAUGCCGAAACCAUUAAGAACAUCCGUACUGCCGUUGACAUGUAUAGCAAGAAAAUCGGCAUGCCUUACCCGUUGGCCAUCGCUCUCGACACCAAAGGACCUGAAAUUCGUACCGGUCUCCUUGAAGGGGGUGGCUCAGCUGAGGUUGAAUUGAAACGUGGUGAGACCAUCAAGUUGACCACAGAUAAGGCCUUUAUGGAGAAAGGAAAUGCCAGUACAGUCUACGUAGACUACGACAACAUUCACAAAGUCGUAAAUGUAGGAAACAAAAUUUACGUCGAUGAUGGUCUUAUCUCGCUCGUUUGUACCGCUAAGUCUGACAAUACAUUGACUUGCACCAUUGAAAACGGCGGCAUGUUAGGCAGCAAGAAGGGUGUAAACUUACCCGGCGUCCCAGUUGACCUUCCAGCUGUGUCUGAAAAGGAUAAAUCCGACUUGCAAUUUGGGGUGGAACAGGAAGUCGAUAUUAUUUUCGCCUCUUUCAUUAGAAACGGUUCUGCUUUGUCCGAAAUCAGGGGAAUCUUGGGAGAGAAAGGCAAGAGAAUUUUGAUCAUCUCGAAAAUCGAGAACCAACAAGGUAUGACCAACUUGGAUGAAAUCAUCAGGGAGUCCGAUGGUAUCAUGGUAGCCCGUGGUGAUUUGGGUAUAGAAAUCCCGACUGAAAAGGUCUUCUUGGCACAAAAGGCCAUGAUCGCUAAAUGUAACAAGGCUGGCAAACCAGUAAUUUGUGCCACACAAAUGUUGGAAUCUAUGAUCAAGAAACCAAGGCCAACUCGCGCUGAGAGCUCCGACGUUGCCAACGCUGUCUUGGACGGAGCUGAUUGCGUUAUGUUGUCCGGUGAAACCGCCAAGGGAGAUUAUCCAUUGGAGUGCGUCGGCACAAUGGCCAGCAUCUGCAGGGAAGCUGAAGCCGCCAUCUGGCAACGUCAGCUCUUCAGCGAUCUGUCUCUCCAGACACCCAUCCCAGCCGAUGCACAACAGUCGAUCGCCAUCGCCGCCGUCGAAGCAUCCUCCAAGUGUUUGGCUGCCGCCAUCAUCGUCAUCACCACCUCUGGAAGGUCCGCUCACUUGCUCAGCAAGUACAGACCAAGAUGUCCCAUCAUUGCCGUCACCCGCAAUGCACAAACGGCUAGACAGUCUCAUCUCUUCAGAGCCAUCUUACCCAUCAUCUAUGAAAGCCCGAAAUUGGAGGACUGGUUGAAGGACGUCGACGCCCGUGUUCACUCUGGUAUCGACUUCGGCAAAAAGAAAGGAUUUAUCAAAUCUGGCGAUCCGGUCAUCGUCAUCACCGGCUGGAAACAAGGUUCCGGCUUUACAAACACCAUGCGCAUUGUAAAUGUCGAAUAGGUUCAAACCAGAAGCUAGACAGGAAAGCAGCCAUGUGACCUAUAACAUAGGUUUUCUUAGGUUUCCCAAAAGCCUAUUUGUACACUAAUGAUAUAUAUUUAAUUUAUGUGAUCAUUUUAUGUAGUAAUAAAAAAUUAAAAUAAAAAAAAUAAAUUAUUUAUUAUA